UAGGCGAACAGCCAGCGAGUAUGGAACCUAUGAUGGUGGAGGAGACCUGGUCCCACCAACUCCACCGCUCCGAUUUAAAAGGCGCACAGCAGUUUGACACAUCGACGCCGUAAACGGACCUGCGCUACAUGGACGUCUCUUUUCGGAGAUUGUAACUGAAGUAGGAACUUCCAGAACUUUCCCCAGGUGAGUAGCCGAAGCGUGUGUGGUCAUCAAUGGCUGACGUACCCGUGAGAGCCACGGGGACCGUGAGAUGGUUCAGCGGGCAGAAGGGCUUCGGUUUCAUAGCUCCGGACUACGGCGGCGACGAUCUUUUCGUUCACCAAACCUCGAUUCUGUCCGACGGGUUUCGGACCCUCUACGACGGCGGAAAGGUGGAAUUCACUGUCGAUUGUGGCGAAGAUGGCCGCACAAAAGCCGUAGAUGUAGUGGGUCUUGGCAGAUCUCACCGGCCCGGGGGCGACGGAGGUCGGAGAGGGGGUUACGGUGCAAGGGGUGAUCCGGGCAGAGGCGGUAGCUAUAUUAUGUACGAUGGCGGUUAUGGGCAACGUGGGAGGGCUGGGCGGAGAGGCGGCGGCGGGGGCUAUGAUGCUGUCGACCGCGGCGGUUAUGGCGGAGGGCGCGGCAGCUAUGGCGGCGGCGGCGGCGGCUACGGUGGUUCUGGUGGUGGUGGUGGUGCUUGUUACAAUUGUGGACGACUUGGUCAUCUGGCAAGGGAUUGUUAUCAGGGUAGUGGUGGUGGGAGGCCGAGAUACGGUGGUGGAUAUUCGAGCGGUGGUGGUGGGGCGUGUUACAAUUGUGGAGAGGAAGGGCAUUUUGCGAGGGAUUGUCCUAUUGACGAGAAUUGAGAAAGUGUAUCUUUCUUUAAUGGGUGUUUCCAAUUAGGUUUAUUGUUUGUUUUUGUGGUUUCUCACUCAUCGGUUCUUGGUGAUUGAUUUGGGUGUGAAGUGUGCAAGGAAGAUGAAUUAGAAGGGCCACCGCCAGCAGUUGUUUCUCCUCGUUGGGUUUUUUGUCUCCCCUGUUUUGGGUAUAUUUGACACGCGGGAUUUGAUAAUAUGGUAUCUGCACAAAGGUGGGUACUGUACCUACAAGAUGUAUAGUAGUUUGCACUCAGCCGAGAAGUUUUGCAGCUAUGAGCAUUCCAACAAGAGUUUAGAGAAGUGAUGGAGAUACAGCUACCUGAUAAAGUUUGAUAAGCUGUUCGUUAUGAGGAUGUAGUUGGACCAAAGUCACCAAACACCAUACUAAGGAAGGGGAUUGUGAAGAAGGUUGAACUAGUGGAAUCUUAAGGCAAUUGGCACCUCAAGAGAGUGUGUGUAAUAUUGAGAAGCCGAACCACGAUAUGAGUUUGGGCAAUUAUUCUCCCUAUCUCAUUUAUCUUUGUAUAUUUAUUAUUUGCUUGCGUGACUUCAGUUUUGGGCUUUAAAUUUGAAUUUGUAAUUAUUAACCCUAUUCACCCAUCUCUUUUUUGGGUUGCCUUUGAGAGAACACAACAUUUGAGUUAUGUUCGGGAAGUUUGCCAAGCAUGUUGACGAGUGCGUGGUUGGACCAUGGAUGAAGGUUUUCCAUUUAUUUUGAAGAAAUGUGGCAAGGCAAUCUUCAUGCAACAAGGGGAUGGUGCGAGUGUAGGCCUGCAAUCCUUAUGCCCUAAUCUUAUACGUGUCUUAUUAUUUAUGGAAUGUUAAAUGUCUCUUAGUCUUUAAUGAUGAAAUAAUUCGCUGUUGGAUGCA